AUGGCACCGCUCAGGAGAUAUUUGAGAAUUACCAAACACUCCGUUCUUGAAGUCCGAAUUUACCUCGAUCGACCAGGUGAUGCAGAAACAUGGCUUGUCCGACGCGACAAUCCAGCGCUUCCGCGUGUUAUUCAAGCCGUCCGGCCUCUAGUGUUGCCUAAGCUGCGAGAAGAGAAUGAACGAGCUAGGGGAAGGAGCGGGGUCAAAUCCAAGAAAAAGGGUGUCAAAGAUGUGGUGGUUGGAGAUGACUUUGAAGUAUCCAUCUUCCUCACUGACCUCUCUUCUCGGCAUUCUGUCUUGACCAAGCAGAAGACCGCCAAAGACAAACCCAAGAUCCAAAGCAACUCAAGCAAGCUUACCACUUGGCUCACUACAGGCGGUGCAGAACAGUCCGUGGUCGGUAGUGGUCAUGCAGGAGAGCCGAUUAUCCUAAGAGAGGAAGAUGACGACGAUGCUCUUCACUUGGACGAUAUCCCCGAGACCAGCGGGAAAAGCUGGCCAAACAAGCGCAGCAGGGCUAGCAGUGUCGAGAUGAUCAGCAGUGACAGCGAGGCGGAUGUCUCAGCCCAAUCGCGAGGAGCUCCUGUUCAGAAGCGUAUUCGAAGUGCUGAACUACGGGACACUGACGCGGCUGCGGAAGGCACCGUCGAAGGCACAGAUGACAAGAAGAAACUCGCUCUGAACACGUCCUAUGAGGGUUUCAGCAUCUACGGAAGGAUUCUCUGUUUGAUAGUCAAACGCAAAGGACCCAGGACCACCACAACGGGUUCCGCUACAUCAAGCCAACAAAUGCUCGAGAACUGGGUGUCAACGCAGGCGGCGGCUGAACCAUUCGAUGAUGAAGAUGAUGUUGGUUAA